AUGGGAAACACGGAUCAGCCGUUGGUAAGAAAUUUUAUGUAUAAUUUUAAUGUCAAUGAAUCUGUUUAAUUUUCUUUCUUUUCUUUUUUAAGAAUUUAUUUAACAAAGCAAUAUUAUUUAAGACCAAUUUUUGACUUCCAAAAGUCAAUAGUCAUCACCGAUACGAUGUUGCAGUUUUUUUAAAGACGAAUCUGAUUUCAUAGCAAAGGAAGAAUGCGCAAAUUUCAAAUAACGCUUUUUUACAGAAUUUUUAAUUUAAAAUUUUUUCUUCUAAUCAGUUGGACGUGGUUAAUUUAUUAACAUUAGCAUCUUUUCUUCUUUUUUUGUUUUGUUCUCAAUAGAGGAAACCGCAAUACAACACAAGAAAAACCAUUUCAUCCAUUCAUUUUUUCCCUUAAUGUUAUAUUUUUUAUUGGUAUGUAAUACGUAUAUAAUAUAUAUAUAUAUAUAAUAUAUAUAUAUAUAUAUAAUAUAUAUAUACAUAUAUUAUAUUCGUCAAUAUCGAAUAUAUUAAUAUUUUAUCAGUUUUUUCUUUCCAUAAAUUAAAUAAAUAGCUCUUGACUGUGUGAUAUUAUUAAACAAAAUAUUUUACAAAAGUAAAUAGCUGUAGAUUGCCAGGUAUUCAGUGAAGAAUGAGGAUAAAUGUAUAUUUUUUUUUUUUUACUAUAUCGUCUAUUCAAAAGUAACUAGACAUCCGAAGCGCUGUUUUUUUUAUUCCGUAUACGUGAUCUUUGGCGAAGUCAUUUUUUCUCUUCGUUUUUCUUCAAAUACCAAAUAUUUGUCUAUUUAUAUUUAUCUUAAAGCUGUCUGGCAAAUCUGGUUCUUCAAACAAUGAUCAUUCGUUUCGUACAAAAAAAAAGAAUAAACUAUACAGAGGAGAGUAGGAAGAAAAAAAUGUGUAAGAAAAGGAGAAGCGAUGAAGAUUUGAAAGAGAAGACGAUGAUUUGAGAAUCCUUGUAGGACUUUCUGCUUGUAACUUCAAUUUCCGAGAAUGUUCGCUCAUAGCGUCUUCUUAUUAACUUCCAGAGAAUUAUUCGCGAUUUUGUAUUUGAAGAAACGCACCAAAGCAUCUAAUUUCUAGAAAAAGCCGAAGUAAAAUUGAUCGGGACACGAGUUGGGGUUACAUCUAACAACGAAGAAAAACAGAAUUUUGGCUGCACUGGAGCAUGAUUAUCGCCAAGUGUCACACAAUAUACACACGAUCGGUUUUUUAUGCUCGAUAAACGACCUUAGCGUUUCUCAUCGUUCAGUGUUUAGUCGCUUUUCAAUACCACGCGAUAAAGUAUAGUUUUCAUUUAUCAUUAAUUCUUUUUGUUUUCUCCUUUUUUUCUUCUUUUUUAUACUAUAUGCUGGACUGAGGUAUUGAGAGGCAAGAUGGUCGUUUUUUCUUUCUUUUUUUUCCUUCUUUUUUUUUAUACUCUAGGCAUGGCGUAAGGUUACAAGUGAGAGCUGUGAGGCUGCUGUUCGUAGAACAGUACAUAGGCUUCGUUGGAAACGACCGAUCGCGCUGGAACGACGGAUACCCGACUAUCGUUAUACUCAUGCCACUCCCCCGAGUAUGGGUGCUUACAAUACGCCGUGUAAUGACCAGAAUGCGUUGUGCCCGAGUGAUUCGCGACACCGUACAAAUUGUACGUACAACCGGGAACUCUGGGCGCGGCAAAGGCACUGA